AUGCCCUACCUCAAGAAGUUGCCAAUGGUGCGUGCCAAGCUUGAAAAGGAGGUGCAGAAGACCAUGACCGAGUUGAGGGCCAAGUUUUCCAAGGACUCGCAGAAGUGCUUGGCACAGGGCAGCUGCGGCUCAAACCUAGACCAAUCUCAGGGAAGCGGCAUGACCUUCACCGUGUCGGACUUGCUGAGCGAUAUGGAAUGGGAACACCGCGCCCUGGUUUGCACCUGUGGCAUGCACCGGAGUUUGCUGUCCCUGGUGCGCCUGGCCACAGAGGCGCUGCCGGACACAGACCCGGCGGAGGAGCUGUGCCGGCAGCUCUUAGCGCUGCUGCCAGGCGAUGCGGCGGUGAUGCUGUCGCCCGCCAUGGGGCGGCCGUACGCGGUGGCGGUCAGCGGAGAGCCCAAGGUUGUGGUCUGGCUGCUGCCAGAUCCCACGGACGUGGACUCCAAACAGACCACCUUUGUGAAGGGCGAGAAUCAAGACGAGGUCUUCGAGAAGUUGUACAAGCUCACUCUUCCAGAGGACCUCACAGAUCCGUGCACCUCAUUGCCCAGCAAGGGCAUGGCCAAGGAGGACCUCUUGAAACUCCUGGACCACCGGAAGGAGCAGGACAGUCAGACCUGGAUGAAGGGCAAGACAACAGGUGCGGUCUACCACGGCGGUCAGGAGCACUACGACUUCAUCGGCCAAGUCUUUGCCAAGUGGGCCUUCUGCAACCCUCUGCAUCCGGAUCUCCAUCCGGCGCUUCGCCAAAUGGACUCCGAGGUGGUGCAGAUGGUUAUCAACAUGUACAACGGCGGUCCUGAUGCCUGCGGGGCCUUCACCACCGGCGGCACGGAGAGCAUUCUCAUGGCCAUGAAGGCGUACCGCGACUGGGGCGCCGCCAAGGGCAUCACGGAUCCCAACAUCGUGAUGUGCACCACGGCGCACGCUGCCUUCGACAAGGCGGGAAAGUACUUCAAGAUCAAUGUACGGAAGGUGACGCCGGACGAGGACAUGGGGAUGGACCUGAAACGCAUGGUGAAGCUGAUGGACGCCAAUACCGUGGCCAUUGUGGGCUCCUGCUGCCAGUACUGUCACGGCACUGUGGAUCCCAUCCAGGAAAUGGGCAAGAUCGCCCUGAAGAAGAAGGUUGGUCUUCAUGUUGAUUGUUGUCUUGGUGGCUUCCUGGUUCCUUUCAUGGAGAAGGCGGGCUUCGACAUCCCGCCCUUCGACUUCCGGGUGCCGGGGGUCACGUCCAUCUCCUGCGAUCCCCACAAGUACGGCUUCGCGCCGAAAGGGAGCUCCGUGGUGAUGUUCGCCAACAAGGAGCUGCGUCAUCAUAUGUACUGCUACCUCAUCGAUUGGAGCGGGGGCAUCUACGCAACACCCACCACGACCGGCUCUCGGCCUGGGGGGCCGGUGGCCGCCACUUGGGCCUCCAUGCGCAGGUUCGGGGUGGAGGGCUACGUGGAGACCACGCGGCAAAUUGUGGGCGCCACCCGGAAGAUCGCAGAAGGUGUCAAGGAGAUCGACUGCCUGCGCGUGGUGGGGCGACCGCUGGUGUGCGUCGUUGCCUUCGACACCACGCCAGCAGCAGGUUUCAGCUGCUAUGCUGUGGCGGAUUGCAUCAAGCAGCAGAGCGGAUGGGAGCUGGCGACAUGUCAGAACCCGCCGUCCGUGCACCUGGCCUUGACGCUGCCCACCGCCAAGAACGCUGACCAAUUCCUGGAAGAUUUAAAGGCCGCCGUGCAGACGGUCAAGGCGGACCCCCAGCGUUUCAACUCCACCGCGGGCUUGUACGGUAUGGCCGCCUCUCUUCCCACGGACUUCUUGGAAGACGCAGUCGGCGCCUAUCUGGAUGCCAUGAGCGAGGCUCAUGAAAGCGGACCGAAGGUAGCCUUUUUGCUUCUGGUCCAAGACCUGCCGGAGAUCUCCUGCGAACCGGACAACUUGGCGCACGGCCUGGGCACUUACGUCCACCAGAACGGGACGGUGUAUCAGGGCCAGUUCCGCAACGAUUUGCAGGAUGGCUUCGGCACAGAGAGUUGGCCGGACCAGUCCAAGUUCAUCGGGGAGUUCGCCCGGGGCAAGAAGAGCGGCAGCGGC